UAUUUUAAAUUAAUUUUUAUUAAUUGUUGCGAUUUAUCAAUUAUCGUUCUAGUGCUCUUUUUAGACACACCUGUUUGAUUAUUUUUUAUACACACAACUUCUUGCGCAAGUUUUACGUGUAAUUUUUUUACCCUUUCCCCAUUGAUUUUCUUAUUAUUGGAAGUACAUAUAAAACAAAAUUAAUAAAUUAAACACUAAAAAAUAAAAUAAUUUGGCUAACAUUUUUUAUCAGUUUGUUAAUAUUUAUUAUCAAUUUGUCUAAAUUUCAAGAUUAUUAUCAUAAAUUUGAGUAAAAAACUAAUUUAAUAUUUUUCAUAUUGUCAGUAUGUGUUUGUCAGUUCAAGACAGAAUAGCAGAAUUAAGAAAAUGCCUGGGGGAGCAAUUACUGCAAGAUACUCCUCUUUUCAACGAUAAUUUUUCUUUAUUGAGAUGGCUACAUGGAUGGAACAAUCGUUUUGGUAGGCUCAUUCAACUCCAAGAACGCAAACUUCAACGAAAACUUGGGCUUUGCGUGAUUAUAGACUUGGAAGGGUUCAAUUCUGAUCAUUUAACUACAAUCGGUUUAAAAGUCUAUGCCGCCUUGUUAAAAGAAUUACAAGAUUUGUUUCCUGAUAUGUUGCGACAAAUUUAUGUUAUUAAUGCUCAUUAUCUUGUCAAAACUGCUUAUGCAAUUAUCAAACCAGUAUUGUCGGAACAAAGUAGAGAGAAAGUUAUUUUUCUCGAUUCUUCUUAUUAUGAACAAUUAGCCGAGGGUGUUGGAAGAGAAAAUUUAUUUCGACGUUGGGGAGGAAUUAGACAGCCACUUAUUGGUGAUCCUGAAUGGGGUACUUUACGUAUUGGUGGCUUGCCUCCAAAAGGAAUGAGAUAUUCUGCUGCCACAAACCCUCAACACGUACCAGAAGGUCAUCUUACAAAAUUAAUUGUGCCAGCAAGGCAGAGACGAAUUGUUGAUAUUUCUGUUCCUGCGCAACCCGGGUUCCCUCAACAAAUGCUCCAUUGGUUUUGGAUAAGUUCCUCUGAUGUUGAUUUCGGUGUAAUUAAUGAAGAGGAACAAGAGUUAUGGCCAAUAUAUCGGAUAUUGACAGAUUAUGUGCCAGAAUUCGGCUCUCUUUUAGUUGAAACUGGACGUAACUACAAACUUUGUUUUGACAACACUUUUAGUCUAUUUACAAAAAAAGAAAUAAAAUAUUCUUACAAAUUGGUACCAAUUGAAGAUACAAAAAGAAAGGAAGAUAAUGAAGUAAAAAUUAAAAAUGUUGUAAAAUUAGAGGAAGAAAAGGAGAAUAAACGACAAAUUAUAGGAUGAACUGACAGGUGUGGAUUGAAAAUCUUGAACUGCCAAAUGAAAUUGAAAAUUUUAAAAAUUUCUACGAUAUAUUGUCAAAUAAUUAUCAAAUAAAGGAUUAGCAUCAUUUUUAAGAUACACCCCUUCAUGAGUUAUAAGGCCGGGACUAAGUUGAACUGCUCCUUAUUUUUUUUAGCUAACUAAUCACGCCUUUCCGGUCAAGCUUAAAUUUCUUUUUAAAUAUCCCUUUUCUUUUUUCAAUCUUUGUUCACCCUUCCCUUAAGGCACAAAGUCUUUCCUUUUAGCAUUUUCCCUUUUAAUCCUUAUUUUGCCAAAAGCUCUCUCCCCACCCCAAGAAAGAAAUACCACCAAGGAAGUCCUAAAAUGUGGCCAUUAGCAACAACAAAAAGUCUGCUAAUCGACCCAAAUGGGAGCAAAAAAGUUAAAAAAGCAUUGGUGUUAUUUUUAAAUAAAAAAUUAUUUAUUCCUUAUUUUUCGUUAAAAUUCUUUUCAAAAAUAUUUUUCAAUUUCAAACUUUUUUUAAACCUUCCUUUUGUUUUUUUAGCAAAAUAUAAUUUC